AUGGGUUCCAGAUUGAGGUAAAUAGAUCCUUUAUUUUCAACAGUUUUCGAAAGACACUGUUUCGUAUGAAUAUUCUCAACGUUCUGUUUUUCUUCUUCAUUGUUUUAUUAUAUCACUGCUCCCUUAAUGGUGACAUGUACAAUAAGUGAAAGUACCUCCAGUCUGAGACACAUUGUUCGAAUGUGUUUCUCAAUCGUUGUUCCGAUCAAUAGAUCAAAUUUUCGCGCUUGAAAUUGCAAUCACGGUCGAUAUAUUGAUAUUUUCAGGGACAAUGUGCAACAUCUUUUUGAGUGUUUCUGCGAAGUGGCUGCACCACUGGGAGAGAAACCGCCUUGGAUAUUGCAGAAAUACCCAACUUCUUUUUCAGAUGAGGAAAUACUUAAAUCUGUCCCUAAAUUUGCCUAUCCAUGCGAAAUUGAGAAUUUGAUGGUGCAGCACUUUUCGUUUGUACUCACUAGCAUAGAUUCGAAAUGGACAUUUGGAUUUUGUAGACACGAUCCCAAGACAGAUACAGCUUUAGUAAUAUUGAGUGCGCUACCAUGGCACGAAAUAUUUUACAAGUUAGUUUUUAUUUUAGAGUACAAGUUAGUAACUUAACAAGCCACCCCAACUUGAGUAUUUAUACACUUGUACUUAUUGUUUGCGAGCAGGCUUCUAAAUAA